CGCUCGACGCGACUGACAAUCCGAUUGUCAUCGUCAGCAGUGCUGCUUCUACACCCACUCUACCAUCAACAGUAUCGCUUUGCCUGAUUGCGCGCAUCCGUAGAGCAGCCUGCGCGAUGAACGCAACUCUGCCCGCCUCAAAAAACCUACGACGAAGACGCGGUCCUUUUGGCUGACCUCCAUGACGCAACCACCACCUUCUACACCUACGCCUCGCCGAUUCCUCUUAUCCAAGCGACCGCAGGCAUCGCAACAGCAAACCCCUGGCAGCGGACCUCCAGUCUUCGCUGGCAGCCAACGCUUCCAGACCACACCGCGCUUCGCCUCUCCGUCGGCAACACAGCGACCGCCCGCCACGCCUGUUUUUCCAGGGACUUUGCGCCCGUCUAGAAAUAGGGACCCUAUUCACGAUGCCCUGGAAAGUUCCCCGACGGACACUCCCGUCUCUGCGACGCGACCAGUAUUGGCGACUGGGACCCAACGACAUGACAGGAUCGAGAUCGACUCGGAUAACGAGAGCGACUCACAGCAUGAGCAAGAGGGGGCCUACCUACCACAGGCUACCUUCGUAGCAAAUGAUUCGAUAGAGAUCGAAUCUGAGCCCUCUAGCGUGUUGCACAGCGAUAUCGAAGAGAGAACGCCAAAGAGGAGGCGGAUAUCGAUCUCGCCUGUGCCGAGUUGGCACCAUGACGCCCAGGAGGACGUGGUCAUGAGUCACUAUGAUGCUCUCGUUAUGAAAAAUAAUGAAAAUUGGAACGAGAACGAAAAACUUCCCGACCUCGAGGACGAAUACCAGUCCGAUCUCGAUGCGCCGCAUAUGGGAGAGGAAGACUUGCGCAUUCCCGACCGCCACGAGGGGGACAUGCCGAAAACGCAGCCAACUUUUCGUCGAGCACCUCGCUUUAAAGUCUCGGAUGCCGAAACCUCCCGUCAAGAGGGCUUACCAGAGGCAUUCUCACCGCAGAGACGCGGAGCAAAGUACGUCGCCGGAGGACUCGCGGCAGAAUUACAGAGCUGGCUUGCGGAAGUCAGGGGCUGGACUGGCGGCGACAGACCGGAAAAUCUGGUCAUGAACAUCGUCAUUGACGAGCUGCGAGCUGGGAACAGGAUGUACCUCGUCAAGGGCCGGAGAGUCGUGGGAGACGGGGAGGCAAGCGAAGAGAUCGCCGCGCGGCUGAUGCUGGCCGGCGAGGGGAGGCUGACAGGAUUAGGUCAGAAAGUUGCGGUCACUGUGGGAAGUACGGUCGCAGUCUCGCAGCCCGCGUGGGAAGUUGAUCUUGAUGGAUCACGAUGGGUUGUCGCGUGCGACUGGGCUCUCUUGUAGAUGACGACUUUUUGGAAUACACGAACACCCCAGUUCCAAUAAAUUCGGUGAAAGCUGAUUGACGACCCGACACUCGCAAGCUGCAACUGGGAGCAUCCACGCCCUGGAUUUGGACUGGAACAAGUGGGAACAAGUACGUUUGAACUCUUGUUAUGCACCCAUUACUACAGUCGGUGUAUACAUUGCAUAGCAAUCCUUAGCUGUCAUGAUUGUUCCCUUCGUUUCUUCUAGAG